AUGACCUCAACGUUCACUUAUUUCUCUGAACGUGGUAUUCCCGGCAUCAAACCUAUUCCGAUUUUUAGUUUACCUGAUCACGAUCGAAAUAUGGUGAAAAAAUACGGCAAGAUUUUUGGAUUUUUCGACGGCAGCAAUCCCAGUCUGUGGGUCACCGAUCCCGAGUUCAUCAAGGCCAUCUUCGUCAAGGACUUUGAUCAUUUCACCAAUCGUCGGAAUAUUACGUUCGAAAGUAAAGUGGUUCGUCGGAUGGUUAGCAGUGCUCGCGGUCAGGAGUGGAAGGACAUCCGUUCAUCCAUCACACCGGCAUUCACCACGGGAAAAAUUAAGCGGAUGUCCGUCUUGAUAAAAAACUGUGCCGAUCACAUGGCCAUCAAGUUCAAUAACAUCGCAACAAGUCAAGAAAACUGGACGCCAAAAUGUAUGCUUCAAUUUAGUGCAUUCACUAUGGAUGUGAUCGCUCGAUGCGCUUUUGGGAUGACGAUCGACAGUUUGGGUGAGAAGGACGAUCCUUUUAUGACGAAAGCCAAAGCCAUCUUUAACCCGCGUGUCAACAAAACUCCACUAGCUGUUAUUCCAUUUAUUUAUCCGAAGUUUAUUCCAUUAUUGGGCGAGCGCGUCUUCCUCACAGAGGGAUUCCAAUUCUUCAUUAGACUACUAGAGAACUUGAUCAAAGAGCGUAAGGAGUCGGAACAGAAAUAUCAGGAUUUUGUCGAAGCAGCCACGGAAACUAUCACCGACUACACGAAAGAGGUUGACGGCAAGUCUGUACCAAAGUGGAGUAGCGAAGAAAUGAACGAGAUUGUUAUCGCUCAGUCGGUUCUCUUCUUUCUGGUCGGCUUCGACACGACAGCCACUACGUUGAACAAUAUAAUUUUUCUUCUCGCUUUAAAUCCGGAAAUUCAAAACAGAUUACACCAAGAAAUCAAGAACAAAUUGGAAAUCUCUGGAGAAGUCAAUCACGACAUGCUGAUUGACUUUCCGUACAUCGAUCAAGUCAUCAACGAAGUGCUCCGGGUCUACCCACCAGUUCCAAGAGUAGAGAGGGAAUGUAACAAAGACGUAACUUACAACGGUAUCGAAAUCAAGAAAGGAACCAUGAUUACCGUGCCGUCGUUUGCUCUCCAUUGCGACCCAGACAGUUAUCCGGAUCCCGAAACAUUUAAUCCCGAUAAGUGGAGCGCCGAUAACAAAGCUGAACGUGACCCGUACACUUUUCUUCCGUUUGGGAUGGGGCCUCGUAACUGUAUCGGCAUGCGAUUUGCCAUGGAAGAAAUCAAAAUAGCUUUGUGCACAAUCGUCAGUCAGUUCCGCUUCUUCCGUGUCCGUGAAACACCGGAAAAGAUGCAAUUCGACAAAGGAUUCAUUCAAGUGACGCAGCCCGUCAACGCUAUCGUCGGAGUUGAGCGUCGCCCAACUUAA